GCUUCGGUCGGGACUCCAGCGUGACACAAUGUAUCGGCGGCGCGUUUGAUCCGCGAUCCGCCGCCGCUCCUCACGACACCGGAGUUUCCACCGCAUCAGCUCGCGGGCUGUCUCGGGCGUGAAGUCGGGCGUUAAAGGAGAAGAAAAGCGCGUAAAAGUUCCGCGUAAUGCGCCGCUGUCCUGUUCUCGCGAGUUUGUUAGAAAACAAAAGUGUCCUGUCACGAGCUCGACCGCGCUCCCGAAACUUUAACGUCGGCGAGACGCGUCUGUAAGAAACCCUGUCAGAACCACGACGCGUUAAAAUUCACCAAGUCCGAGAAGUUUGGGGUUCCUCGGAGGAACAUAUGGCAUAAAGACACAGCUGGAGAUUUGAGGCUGAUGUCAGAGCAGCUGACUCCACCAGAAACACACACACACACACACACACACACACACACUCGCGCACUCGCGCGCGCGCAGGCUCUUUCUCCCCGCUCACAUGGACGAGAGGUCGCGUUCAGUCGUCUCUCUCUGGAUCUGCUCUUUUCACUUUACACGAUGUUCGUCACGUUUGAGACGCGGGAUGUCGUUUGCGCAUGACUGGAUCCCUGCUCUUUCGCCGCCGCCGUUCGCUGGGAAGCGCGAAGUGAAGACCAACUUGUGCGAGCGCGGAGAGAAGAGGGUCACGCCAUAAGUAUGGAGUUCCCGGACCACAGCCGGCAGCUACUGCAGUGCCUGAGUCAGCAGAGACACCAGGGCUUCCUCUGCGACUGCACGGUGCUGGUGGGAGAGACGCGCUUCCGGGCGCACCGAGCCGUUCUGGCCUCCUGCAGCAUGUACUUCCACCUCUUCUACCGGGACCAGCUGGACAAGAGGGAGCUGGUGCAUCUGAACGCCGACAUCGUGACGCCGCCGGCCUUCGGGCUGCUGCUGGAGUUCAUGUACGAGGGGAAGCUGGAGGUCGGCGCUCUCCCGGUGGAGGACGUCUUGGCGGCGGCCAGCUACCUGCACAUGUACGACAUCGUGAAGGUGUGCAAGGGGAAGCUGAAGGACAAGGAGCUGUGCGAGGCCGAGUGCGCGGAGAAGGCCAACGGUCACUCCGACAGGUCCCCGGAUCUUGUAGGUGUCAAUUAUGUGUCAGCCGAGGCCGAGGCCUGUGUCCGAACAGCUGGAAAAACAAAAGCCGAUGUCAGUAGUUCGUCCGUCCCUGUGUCCCAGAGGUCCCGGGCGUCGGAUGACACGGACCGAGCGCUGGAUUUGUCUUUCAAGCCUCUGUCGAGCCGAGACGCCUUCCACCCCUCCUACGUCUCGGGACAGCUGGCCCUCGACAGCCAGCAGCAGGGCACCGAGCCACUUGUUAAAGACGAACAUGACUUGCUGUCAGAGCAGGAGGACGGUGAUCCGGUGAGCCCAGAGAGCCAGCGCUUUGGGAAUACGGCCAGGAGUUCGGCGGUGACAGGGUUCGCUGGCCUCUUCCCCGAAAACAAGGCCGCGGCUUCGCUGCUCCCUCCGGACGACGAGCUGAUGGAGGACGAGAGCGGGCUGCACGUGCGCUCCGAGCAUCACCUGGGAGACAGCGAGGGCGAGGACGAGGACGACCUGGCCUCCUCGGACAUCUCCACGUCCAGCGGGGCGCUCCUGGCGCCGGGCAGGCAGCAGGUCUGCAUAUGCCCGCUCUGCAGCAAGGUGUUCCCGAGCGCUCACGUGCUCCAGCUCCACCUCAGCUCGCACUUCAAGGAGAAGGACGGCGUGCGCUCCAAGCUGUCGCCCGACGGCUCCGUCCCGACCUGCUCGCAGUGCGGCAAGACCUUCUCGUGCAUGUACACGCUGAAGCGGCACGAGCGCACGCACUCCGGGGAGAAGCCCUACACCUGCGGCCAGUGCGGGAAGAGCUUCCAGUACUCGCACAACCUGAGCCGGCACGCCGUGGUGCACACCCGCGAGAAGCCCCACGCCUGCAAGUGGUGCGAGCGGCGCUUCACGCAGUCCGGGGACCUGUACCGCCACAUCCGCAAGUUCCACUGCGGCCUCGUCAAGACGCUCGCCAUCGGAUGAGAAGAUGAUGACUGUAAAACACUUUGAUGCGCUCGGGGCUUUGACGUUACGCGCGCACACACACACACACACACACACACACACACACACACACACACACACACACACACAUGAAGGGAUUCAGAUGCAAAAGCCUCUAAAAGGUGCUUUGUUCAAAAAUGAGAGCAUAGUGUGUGUGCGUCAAGAUGUGUUAAAUCCCAGCUUCAACACAUUCAGAAGCACCAGAACUUACAUAGAAACCUGUGAAUUUUAAAGAAAAAUGGCUGAUGUAUUUAGAGAGGUUUUCUGCAUCUGAACUAUAUACACACACUAUAUAUAUAUAGUAGAAAACUUCAAAAUAUACACACUUUUAUUUAUGUAUGCGUAUAUAUAUGUGUAUGUAUGUGUAUAUAUAUAUAUAUAUAUAUAUA